AUCGAAUCGAAUCUAAUAUAUAAACAUCGUUAGCAUUCAUCCAAUUUUUGGAUUGCCUUCACAUUGUUAAGUUAAUAUUUAUUAGUAUAAGUACCUAGAGUACCUAAUUCAAAAACUCAGUCACUUCUCAAGUUUUGAUCGGGUGAUCGGUCGCAUUUUCCCGCGGACAGUGGACACUGGGAAGUCUUGGAGUAAACUUUCGACUGUGUAAUCAAAAAGUCGAUGCGUAAACUCAUGAACCAGUUUAUUAUAACGUUAUCUGUUUCAUAAGCGAAACGUUUGUGUGCCGGAAAAGAGGUGUCGUUUUACUUCAUUUUGUGGAAUUACAAAGUAUUUUUGUUAAUAUCUAAAGUUUUUACUUUGCAACUUUAGUUUGGCGGUUUAAUAUUACACAUUCGUCUAAUUUAAAUCGGCACAAUGACUAUAGGAACUUUAUCAAGCUCAAAACCUAAGCCAAUCAACAUUCCAGAGGUUGUACAAAAAGCGCGGGACACAUUCAACAGCGGUAUAACGAAGCCCCUAGAAUGGAGAAAGAGACAGCUAAAGAACCUCCUGCGAAUGUACGAAGAGAACAGCGGAGCAAUGAUAGACGCCCUCGUGAAAGACUUGAGGCGUAGCAAGACUGAGGCGGUACUUUUAGAAGUCGACUAUCUUAUCAAUGAUUUGACCAAUCUAUUGAAUAAGUUCGAAGAGUGGGCGAAGCCUGAAAGGCCACCAAAAGGUUUUGUCAACAUGCUAGACGACGUGGUCAUCUUCAACGACCCAUAUGGAGUGGUACUGAUCAUCGGAGCAUGGAACUACCCUCUUCAGCUGCUGCUAUUGCCCUUUGCUGGCGCGAUCGCAGCUGGCAACGUCGUGAUCUUAAAACCCAGCGAGUUGGCGGUGGCUAGUGCUAAAUUCAUAGCUGAUACCUUACCUAAAUAUUUGGACAAUGAUGCAUUUAUCGUAGUGGAAGGCGGUCCAGAGGAAACGACGGAGCUUCUCAAGCAAAAGUUCGAUUACAUCUUCUACACGGGAGGCACCAACGUCGGCAGGAUUGUUUACGAGGCUGCGACCAAGAAUCUGACGCCUGUUACCUUGGAGUUAGGAGGGAAAAGUCCAGUAUACAUAGACAACACGGUCGACAUGGAGAUCACCACAAAACGUGUCCUUUGGGGCAAAUUCAUCAACGCUGGACAGACUUGCAUCGCUCCAGACUACGUCCUAUGUUCCAAAGAAGUGCAGGACAAGUUCGUGGAAUAUUCGAAAAAGAUUUUAAAAGAGUGGUACGGGGAAGACCCUCAAAAGUCACCAGAUCUAUGCAGGAUUAUCAACAGCAGGCACUUUGGUCGUCUUCAGACAUUGUUAGAUGCAAACAAAGACAAAGUAGUGGUCGGCGGUCGGACUGACGCCCAGGAACGAUUUAUUUCACCAACAAUACUGACCAACGUCACGGGCACCGACAAAAUCAUGGAAGACGAAAUAUUCGGUCCCAUACUGCCGAUCGUACCCGUGGAAAACGCCUAUGAAGCCAUCAAGUUUAUUAACGACAGGGAAAAACCGCUGGUGUUCUACGUGUUCACAUCAGACGACGCGAUGCGCAAGAGUCUAACGGAGAACACGAGCAGUGGUGGAAUGUGUGUUAACGAUACGCUCAUGCAUAUGGGAGUUGACACCCUGCCAUUCGGCGGAGUCGGUAACAGCGGCAUCGGCGCUUACCACGGCAAAGCCUCGUUCGAUACAUUCACGCACAAGAAAAGCUGCUUGGUCAGAAAUUUCGCGGCCAUCGGAGAGAAGCUUGCUUCUGGCCGCUACCCGCCAUACACUGACGGCAAGCUGAAAUUCAUCACAACGCUGAUGAGGAAGCGCUCCGGCCCUUCGUUCAAGUACCUGCCCUACUUCAUAGCCUUCGCGCUGGGCGCCGGCCUGUCCUAUGGCAUCUUCGCUUGGCAAAAGAUGGCCUCCGAGGAUUUGUAAGCAAGCUGUGAUGCUACCGUGAUGACUGUGUGAUAAGGAUUAAGAAAUCAUUAUUUAAAAUUAUAUCAUAAUAUAUAAGUAAAAUUAAGUUCGUUUUAAGUAUUUUUAUACCUCUUACUUUUGUUACACUAU